UCAUAUGUCAUGUUGUUUUGUCUGUCCAUCACCGUCAUCAAGAAAAGCAUACAUGAUAAGUUCAUUUGCAAAAAUGUAUAAAAGAAGUAAUAUUAUUACUUGUACGCUAAUUUAUUUUUCUCUUUUGUAUCCAUUGACUCACGCAGAUGUAUGUGUUAAAAAAAGUUCUUGUGUUUGUGAAUUUUCCAAUGGCACCGGCAUCGACUUAUCGUUAGCUGUGAAGAGUACAUUUUAUUCAGUUGAUACUUUCAAGAGCAACGCUGAUGAAUCUCAAUAUACUUUUAGUACCUACUUAUAUCAUCCCUGCUUUGAUGCGCUGCCAAUAAUAAACAAAUCAGUCGCAAAUAACACGUGUACAACGUCAUUGUCUUUGUGUCGAUAUAAAAAGAAUCUAACUCUAAAUAAUACCAAGGGGACUUUUGUAUUUGACGAAGGUCUUUACGAAUAUAUGGGAACAUCAAAUAAUACUGAAUUUUCUGCUGAUGGUUCUUCAAUUAUUUACCACAAUGGGCCUUCAUCAACAAUUGUCCAACUUGUUUGUGCUGAAGGUGAAAAUAAACUUAUAGUAGAUUCAUUGGGUGACCCUAAAAAUAUUGUGUUACGGUUCUAUUCAAGAAAUGCCUGUCUAGCAAAAAUUGAUGAGCCAGGCCGAUCGUUUGGUUCAACGUUGCUAAUAAUUUUCUUUUCAUUCGUCGUAUUCUACCUCGUACUCGGAAUUUGUACAAAGAAGUUCUUAAUGGGUGCAACUGGCAUUGAAGUAAUCCCCAACCUGGGUUUCUGGACUGAUUUACCGAAUCUUGUUAAAGAUGGGUGGGCGUUUAUGAUAAAUGGGUUCAAGUUGCCGACUCGUGGCGCUGGUCCGGUGACGUCACCUGACCCGAAUAGCUACGACAGCAUAUAACAUCAGAGGGACGAGACCUUUGAAGGUCAACUUGUGCUCCUCGAGUAGACAAAGUGCAUACCAUGUGCUCCAACUGUGUCUCAUUGACUGAUAAUCUCAUACAUUUCUUGCCGUUUAUAUUUUGAUUAGCUGUGGUAAGUAUAAACUUCUAUAAAGAAUCACUUUGAUACUUAUGUGUUUAUAAAUUUUUGCAGUAUUAUUUGGAAUCUAAAUUUUAAUAAAAAAAAAUACAAAUUUACUUGUUAAU